AUGGAGGAUGCCAGCCGAACUCCGGAGAUACAUUUUGACAACCUACUAAACUUCCGGGACGUGGGAGCACACAUCAAUGGGAUUGCUGGCUCAGAAGUCCUCAAAUCCGGUCUUUUGUUCAGGAGCGCACGGCCCGACGAGAUCAGCCCAUCAGACCGCCUGCACCUCGUGAAGACUUGCAAGAUCAAAACUAUCAUUGACCUUCGGUCCAAAACGGAACAUAUCAAUGCGGCGAAGAAGCGGUCGGGCGUGUCUUCCAUCUCAGAGUCUGCGGCCAUCCCUUCGCCCACCGAUGCCAUCCCAGAACAAAUCAAGAUACCAGGGAUCCAAUACGCAGAAAUAAAUCUCAAUGGCAAGGGAUUUGAACGUCACUUGAUCUGGCAAUUGAAGUAUGCCAGCCUCGCCAAACUGGUCUUCCUCAUGGCCUUGGGCUAUCGGACGGAGGGCAUCUCUGUGAUUGGGAAAGAAUUGAUGCUACCCCGCGGACUCACUGGACUGGGGAUAGACACCUUGGACCACAGCGGCCCUGAAAUCAAGGAGGUCUUCGAUGUACUUUCUGAGCCGACGCGUUGGCCGGUUCUCGUCCACUGCACCCAGGGCAAGGACAGAACGGGAUUGGUUGUCCUUCUGGUUCUGCUAUUAUGCAAUAUCGAUAUUGAAGCUAUCAGUCGAGACUAUGUUAAAUCGGAACCCGAAUUGGAGCCUGAAAAGGAGGAAAGAAUGAAGGAAAUCACCAGCAUCGGCUUAGAUGAGUCGUUUGCUGGCUGCCCUCCCGACUUCUGUGAAAAGGUGCUUCAGCAUCUUGACUCGACAUAUGGCAGCCUGGAGAGUUACCUAGACAGGAUUGGCGUAGGGAGCGAACAGAGAGCUCGUGUGCAGACCGGUUUCAUGAACAAACUGUGA